AUGCCUAAUAUUCUAUUCGCUCUUUUCCAACGAUCAGCUGUUAAAUAUUACUACAGCUGUUAUGAUUACUUGACCAAAGGUUCGACACCGAAACCGCCUCUGCAUUCACACCUCGACCUUCCCGCGUCAGUCGGUAAAUCAGGAAUGGACGCAAAAAGAGGAACGGACUCGGCCAAGAUAAGGAUUCUGCCUCCACGCGAUCCACACUUACUAAUCCACUGUGUGAGGAUCGAAUCUGGAACCAGGCCACGCAAACAGCACGAGUUGACUCACGAUCAACAGUUUGGUAUGGAAGCACGUGAACAACUAAGGUAUGUCACUGGAAGGACACGCUUUGCAUACAGCGACAACAGAGGCAGUGCUACACAGGCCGGCACAGUGGGAAGCCUCCACGGCUAUAGGCAACUCUCCUUUGUCGCCAUAGAGACAUUGAAAUGGGAAAAUCUAAUAAAGAGCCAACCUCUUUUUCACGGUGAACUCUUUCUUGUGCGAGGGAAUGCGAUAUCGAAGGCCCUGUCACUGGAAGGAUAA